CUAGGGGGAACUCUCUGGCAUUCAAAUUCAAACUCGACUCCACCACUACAAGAAAAAAAAAAGAGGGAGAGAGAGAAACCAAAAAUAGUCUUUUUUUUCCACAGCUAUCAGUUUCUUUCACUAAGCCUUCUGAAACCUGAACCUCUGCAGAAUACUGAACACUUGGGCCUUACCUACAGGCAUGGACAACUGUAUGUAUGCUCUCAUUUUAUAGAACUUGAAAUUCUUUUUUUAAGGAAGGAGUCAACUUUGGCCUUGAGUGUUUGGCAUGGGUAUAAAGGCUUAAAAACGCAGAUGACCAGCUUAGCUACUGACCAUGCUGACCACUGUCUGGAAUCGGAUCAAAUUAAAGAAAAACAACAAAUGGCUCUCUCUUAUAGAAUAUUCGAACAACGCACAAUUCCUGAGCACAUUUUGCAGAGCUCAUUUGACCACUUGAUCUCUUCUAACUGGUCUGGAUUACAGACAGAAUCGAUACCAGACGAAAUGAAACAGAUUGUUGAGGAACAGGGAAAUAAGCUGCGCUGGGCAGCUCUUCUGAUACUCAUGGUGAUAAUACCCACAAUUGGUGGAAACAUCCUUGUUAUUCUGGCUGUUGCACUGGAGAAAAAGUUACAGUAUGCUACCAAUUAUUUCCUAAUGUCACUGGCAGUGGCUGAUUUGCUAGUUGGAUUGUUUGUGAUGCCGAUUGCCCUCUUGACAAUAAUGUUUGAGGCUAUGUGGCCCCUCCCACUCGUUCUAUGCCCUGCCUGGUUAUUUCUUGACGUUCUUUUUUCUACUGCAUCCAUCAUGCAUCUUUGUGCCAUUUCAGUGGAUCGUUACAUAGCCAUCAAAAAGCCAAUCCAGGCCAAUCAAUAUAACUCACGAGCUACAGCAUUCAUCAAGAUUACAGUGGUGUGGUUAAUUUCCAUAGGCAUUGCCAUUCCAGUCCCUAUUAAAGGUAUAGACACUGAUGUGGGUAACCCAAACAACAUCACUUGUGGGCUGACAAAGGAUCGCUUUGGCAAUUUCAUGCUCUUUGGCUCAUUGGCUUCCUUCUUUACACCUCUGGUGAUCAUGAUUGUCACCUACUUUCUCACUAUCCAUGCUUUACAGAAGAAAGCUUACUUGGUCAAAAACAAGCCACCUCAACGCCUAAUGUGGUUGACUGUGUCCACAGUGUUCCAAAGGGAUGAAACAACUUGCUCAUCACCAGAAAAAGUGGCAAUGCUGGAUGGUUCUCACAAGGACAAAACCCUCCCCAAUGCAAGUGAUGACAUACUUAUGCGAAGAACGUCCACAGUAGGAAAAAAGUCAGUGCAGACCAUUUCCAAUGAACAGAGAGCCUCAAAGGUUCUAGGGAUUGUGUUUUUCCUCUUUUUGCUUAUGUGGUGCCCCUUUUUUAUUACAAAUAUAACUUUAGCUUUAUGUGAUUCCUGCAACCAGACUACUCUCAAAAUGCUCCUGGAGAUAUUUGUGUGGAUAGGCUAUGUUUCCUCAGGGGUGAAUCCUCUGGUCUACACCCUCUUCAACAAGACAUUUCGGGAUGCAUUUGGCCGGUACAUCACCUGCAAUUACCGGGCCACGAAAUCAGUAAAAACUCUCAGAAAAUGCUCCGGUAAUGUGUACUUCCAGAAUCCAAUGGCAGAGAACUCUAAAUUUUUUAUGAAUCAUAGAAUGCGAAAUGGCAUUAAUCCUGCCAUGUACCAGAGCCCAAUGAGGCUCCGAAGUUCAACCAUUCAGUCUUCAUCAAUCAUUUUACUAGAUACACUUCUCACCGAAAAUGAAGGUGACAAAACUGAAGAGCAAAUCAGUUAUGUAUAGAGUAAUGGCACAGUUUUUAUGUAACUAAUAUAAUGAUGAAUAAGUUAAAGAUAUACCAAGAAUUACAUAAAGAAGAACUUUAUAUCAUGUAUCAAAAAUCAUCUCUUUAAAUUAAGAAUUAUGUAUUAAGAUUAUCCAAUUUUCUUUAUUUGGGCAAAAUUAUUCUAACGAAAAAAAUCAUUUUUGUAUAGUUGCAAAUUAAAACAAUCCAGCACACUAGUUAAAUGUUAAGAUAGUCAAAUGAAAUAAAAUUAAUCAAUAAACUUCUGGCUUACAAAAAAACAAUGUCACCAUAAGAAUUUAUUUAGUUCCUAAUUGUAUGCAAAGCUAUGCUAACAAUGAAAUAAACAAGUAUUAACCUUGUCUUCAAGGCGUUAAAGACAUAAGGCAUAACACAGAACAACAGUGAUAGGAACAGAGGACUAAAUAUAAGUGCAUAAAAUAAUGAUCACAUCUGAAAGUAAGCUGAGAUUGCCAUUCAUAGUCUGGCUUAGUUAAAUGUAGUCACAAUUUUGCACUGAUCAGGAAACUGUCUUGAUGGAAGGGGUAGGGAGAGUAGUUGGACAUCACACAAAGUGACACGGUCUUAGUACUAGAGCUGUUUGUUAGGUGGCUCACACCAGGCAUCUACUCAGCAGAGGUGGGUCUACCGGAGGAGGAGGAGAAAGCAAAUGAAACCAGUCUUGGGUACCUAAACCUAAUUAUGUUUCUCAAAGAGCCUGUGCAUUAUGUUUCUCAAAGAGCAUGCAAUAAGGCAUGGGACAUUAUUAAUCCAGGAACCUAAAUUUUAAUGAUCUUAUAAAUGAGAUCAUGGCUGCCUAAGCUUCCCCAAAGACUUGGUUGAACUUCUGGUACAAAAUUUUUUAUUCAUCCAUUUGUUACUUUGCACUACUAGAUCUGGAAUAAAUCCAAUCUAUGCCCUUUACUAACUAACUGAUUGAAUUUACAAAAAGUACUUAAUUUCUCAGUUUCCUCAUCUACAUUUCAUAGGGUUCUUAUGAGAAUGAGUUCAUGUGGGUACUCUGUAAAUGGUAGCCAAUUCUAUUUACUUUUGAUAUUUUAUUUUAAUUUUUAAAUUAUUUUGUUUAUUUUUGGCGGUGUUGGGUCUUCGUUGCUACGCGCGGGCUUUCUCUAGUUGUGGAGAGCGGGGGCUACUCCUCGUUGCGGUGCGCAGGCUUCUCACUGCAGUGGCUUCUCUUGUUGUGGAGCACGGGCUCUAGGCACGCAGGUUUCAGUAGUUGUGGCACGUGGGCUCAGUAGUUGUGUCUUGUGGGCUCCAGAGCGCAGGCUCAGUAGUUGUGGUGCAUGGGCUUAGCUGCUCCGCGGCAUGUGGGAUCUUCCUGGACCAGGGCUCGAACCCGUGUCCCCUGCGUUGGCAGGCGGAUUCUUAACCACUGCGCCACCAGGGAAGCCCUUGAUAUUUUAUUUUUAUGCUAUUCACAUAAAUGGUGAAUAAAUUUAGGCUGAGGGAAUCUGCAGUGAAGACAGCCCAUAUCUUAUUAGCCUUUCCUUUUCAGGUUGACCCAUUCUUAUGCCUCAACCUAUUGCUCCAUCCUGGCUCCCUUCCAGGCAACACAGUUUAAGAAAAUUAUCAAAGAAAUAUGCUGGCUAUGGAGAAGCUCACUCAGCAUAAGGGAACCAGGUAUAUAAAAUUCAAAUGGCAGAAUCCUUUCCUAGAACAUGGUUCUAUUACAGCUCUUAUGGGCUCUACGUCACCUGCCAGAAAGAGUAUACCUUACAAAUUUAACUCCUAAAUCGUCAAAACUUUAGGCAUUUUUGCCACAACUCUUUUUUCAGCAGUGUUAAGCAUGGGUUAUUUCCGCAUGAAAGGAUGCUUAACAUCACUAAUCGUUAGAGAAAUACAAAUCAAAACUACAAUGAGGUAUCACCUCAUACUGGUCAGAAUGGCCAUCAUCAACAAAACUACGAACAAUAAAAGCUGGAGAGGGUGUGGAGAAAAGGGAACCCUCUUGCACUGUUGGUGGGAAUGUAAAUUGAUACAGCCACUAUGGAGAACAGUAUGGA